UACUUCUUAUAGGCGCCAAUUGUUUUGAACACAAAUGCCAUUGACUGCCCUGAAAGAUGGGAGUUGAGGUCUCGGCACAUCGCGUGGGCAACCUGCCUUAGCGUCGUAUGCCGAUGUUCCAUCUCCGGCACUUUCCAAGUUUUCGUCAAUCAUCGUUUUGUUUCACUGUGUUUCCAUGACUUUGCAUCAAUUGCUUAUUCCCACGACUCAUAUGAUUGCUCUCUCUCUCACCUUGGAAAACUCUUACCACCUUAAUAUAACAUACUUAUAAAAGCAAUGACAUAGUUCCCCCCUGCAGACACGAAUCAUUCAUGACCCACGAGUAGCCAAGCCUUGGAGCCCAAGACGCGAUACGAUAUUAAGGAAUCCGACCCCUACUGCUGGGCAUGAAUUGCAUGAUUAGACAUCAUCGAGCAUUGACGAUUUGAACUUCUUUUUAUCUUUAACUUCUGCAUGGCUGGCCGUGCUCGACUGUUUCUUCUCUUAUCUGGCGCUCACGCGAAUCUCGAAGCGUCCAUCCGCAAGACGAGAGGAUGACUGACGAUUCUCAUCAAUCUCCAACGAAUUCGCCAAAGUAUCAGCUUAUAUCUUUACUGCAGUCAUGGCUAAAUCACCCAUCAUGAAGACUGUAACGAAACGCCUUCGAGAGCUGGCCAUAGUCAUUUGGGUUGACACCGAGACCAACGAUCUAUGGAAACAGAUCAUCAAGUGCUCUAUCGCUAGUAUCGGCUCGGUCGUCGCCGUAAUGACUCCUGAAGCCGCAGCAGUCCUGGGCCCUUCGACCUUUCUUGCACCAAUGGCUACCGUCUUUGCUCAUCCAGGUCAAAGGCUGGGCACCAUGAUCGAGACCCUUCUCAUGAUGCUGCUGGGCACUUUAUUCGGACUUGCGUGGUCCAUUCUUGCACUCUGGCUGUCUGGCUACGCUUCCGGAACAAACGAAACAGCCCCUAAUGCUAUCUGCGCAGUAUUUUUCACUAUAGCUGCUUUUUUCCAUGGCUAUAUAAGAUCGGCUAGUCCCCGCAUGUUCUUAUUUGUCACCUUUUUUCUUAUUGCCAAUAUCAUUACUCUGCUCGGAGGCUACACCUCGGUGUCUUCAGAGGUUAUUACACACACCUACUACCCUAUGAUGGUCGGCGGUGGUAUCUCAGUCGUGGUCAACCUAUCAAUAUUUCCCGAGCUGUCGAGCAGUUACCUCGGUCUAUCUGCCAUUGAUGCUCUUUGCGAAACGAUGGAUACCAUGACCCGAGCUACGCAUUGGUUCAUCACACCCGGUGCUGAUUCUGAAGAAGAUUCCACUACCACUGCUCUUACAAUGACAAACACUGUAAAGAGUGUCCCCGAGAAACCAAAGCGCAAGAAAGGUCGUUUCCGCAAGUGGUUGAGUCAGUUUCCGAAUCCCUUUAAACAAUCUCAGCAUCGAUAUCACGCUUCCACCAUUCCAGUUGGCCUUACGACAAUAAGAAGUCUGACAAGCAAAAGGGGGAGUCUUCGCGCACGUCUCACUCAUUGCAAAGCUGCUCAGAAAGAAGUCAACUACGAGAUCUCUGUAUCUGCCCUUCCUCUAAGCAGCAUGAAGCCUCUGAGUACCUCCCAUAUGAGCAGCCUCGUCCAAAAUACACUCGCCAUCAUCGGUGCAUGUGAAAACAAAUUCAUAGUAUUGCAGAAUAACCACAAUUCCGAUGAUGAAAGCGACAGCGAUAUGACUGGCCCCAGUGGAAUCAAGCGUAUGAAUACUUUUGAUGACUACCUUCAAAGAGUCGAAGAAAGCAAGCCUCUAAGGGAGAUCGAAGCUAGUAGUGCAAGUCUCCUUGAAUCCAUCAUCGAGCGUAUCCGAGAGCCUGUCCAGGAGUUUGAGGCUUCGCUGAAAGAGGCUGUACGCCUGGUCAUCGUGUGUGUCGCUUAUUGCUACGAUGUACGACGACUGCCUUCAGGAUCACCGGCCCCAAGAGGCAUUCAUCUCCAAGAAUUGGACUUUAGAAUCGACCUUUUCACGGAAGCAAUCACUAAUUUUGAUGCCAGCUGCUCCAUGGAGCUUCGCCGUUCAGGUAUGGAUAAGAGUGGAUAUAGCAUGGACUUUAUGCCUCGAAUGGAAACGUUUUUGAUCUCCUCGUUCGUACUUAGUCUGCGCCAGGCAGCUAUGUAUGUUUUGGACAUGCUUCGCCAUGUUCGAAAAACAGUCGAACAGAGACAAGCUCGAAACGACAGGGCCACAAUCUGGUUCCCCAAACAUGUCGAUGUCAGGCAGUGGUUAAUUACUGGCGGUGAGAGUGAUGGUUUUGUUCUGCCAGAAGCGGCUCGCAAAGAAGUUCGUCGGGGAAAAAGUACAACGGGGCACAAGUCGAAAAAUAAAACACACCAAAGCAAUAAGGAUACGAAAACCAAGCCCGCGAAGGGGAAGGAUGAAGAAAAAGGCAUUCGAUUUGCAGAACCGGUUUUUCAAACGAGAGAGGACCGCAACGUUGAACAACCACAAGAGAAAGAACAACCUCAACCUCAACAAAGCAGUAAGAUCCUCAAGAUUAGAGGGAUGGCAGCCGAUGCAUUGGAAUGGAUCCAGGACUCGGAACACGUCAAAUAUGCUUUCAAGCUCACCAUCGCCAUCCUCUUACUUAGCUGGCCAGCUUUUGUGGAGUCUCAGAUGGGAUGGUACUCAGCCUACCGUGGUAUUUGGGCACCGAUGCAACUGUUUCUCGUCUUUGAAGUGGCCAUAGGAACGUCCUUCCACGUCUUUUUCAUUCGUCUUUGCGGUGUUGUGGCAGGUAGCGCUUUUGGCUAUGCAUCUGCCCUAGUUGGGGACAGAAGUCUGAUCGCCAUGGUUUUCUUUCUGAUUAUUGGUAUCAUGCCGUCGUUCUAUGUCCAACUUGGCACUAGAUAUGUCAAGGCCGGCAUGAUCUCUACAGUUACAAUGGUCGUGGUCGCGCUCUCUGCGGUUAACGGCACCGAGUCCGCUUAUCAUUAUUUCUAUAAGCGCUUGUGUGCCUUUAUCAUCGGGGGGACCACUGCGCUGCUGAUUGAACUUAUUUUAUACCCAGUCAGAGCCAGGGAUCGACUAGUUGAGUCGCUCGCAGCGUCGGUCAAACAGGUUCAGAAUAUGCAAGCCGCAAUGGCUGUUGGCCUGGACGAGCCCAUCAAGCCAAAUUUCCGGAAUCCUGACCUCAACAAGCGCUUCCGUCGUGCCACAAACAAAGCACGAGGAGCUCUGGCUGCGGCUGAGACGUUUCUUCCAUUCUCCGUUACUGAGCCGCGUCUUAAGGGUGAUUUUAAACCACUCGUGCCUGUCUACAAAGAGAUCUUCUAUGUGUUGCAUCAAAUUAUCGAUAGGAUGGAAAACGUCGUGAUGCUACGGAGAGAGUAUGGUUCGUCUAUUUUGGAAGACUUGAAUCCUCAAGUCCACGCCUAUCGACGGAAUGUGGCGGCCAGUAUCAUGCUGGUACUUUUUACGGUAUACGAGGCGUUCAUUACCUGGACACCUCUGCCACAGUUUAUCCCGUCAAGUCGACUCGCGCAACUGCGCCUAGUCAACCAUGUGCGCGAGAUUCUUGCGUCCAGGAGUGGCACUCAGACACCCGCUGGGGAGCCACCAAGUGUCUUUGACGAGAAUGGGGAGCUUGCUGCGCAGGUCGCAUACCUCAUCACCCAAAAACGAUUUCUCUCCUGGAACGCAAGCACUUCUGGACAGAUGGAGAUCAUCGAAUAUCUCGAAGAGCUUGUACAACUUGUUAAGAUUCUUGUUGGAGUUAAUGAUUUCCGCAGCGGUCUACUAAAGACUCCUACCCUUAGUAACUAUCGGGAGCGUAAGCACUUGACACGGAUGCCUCUGUCUCGCGUGCCGACUGCUGAUAGCCGCACGACCGGUGUUCCGGCGGAGGAGGUUCCAACAGUCGAGAGCAGAGCCAGUGGACUGCAGCGAACGCAAACAAUCCGUGCAGGCCAUGCGAGGAGACGGAAUCAUAGGAGAGACGAUAAUGAGAAGGAGGCUGAUAGUGACAGUGAGGAGGAUAUACCCAUGAGUUUACAAAGAGUUGGCACACGACUCUGUGAGGAUGCUGCAGUUGUUCGACGACGCGCUAUGUCUGUUAGUAAAGACUAGGGUUGGGAGAUGCAGCAUGGAAGUCGUCAAAAACGUGUGGCAAUAGCCGACGAGUUGUUGGCACCAGUCUAUCAAUUAAUACCUUAAUAAACAUCCAAAUGUCCUUUCCAUGCGCCUUUCCCACUAACCAAUCCUAACAUUGGUGAUGUUCCCAAUCCAACGCCUUGCCGUACAAUAGACUCGUGAUUGUUGCACAUAUGUAUCACUAGAAGAUGUUGAGCGGUGUGUGUUGUGCAAUUCUGGUGCCGUUGAGCAUGGCCCUCGACUUCUUUGGCCUCUGCUGCAAUCUUCGUGAUCCUUCUUGAACAUGGCGAGGCUCGAUUGGCGUCUUUCCCUCACUAGGAAAAUCGAACAACGCGCCCUCAUGCUUCCGCUUCUUUGCGUUUCCAACAUUAUCGCCUCCGUUUUGAGCACGCACCAGAUCUUCCUGCUCCUUGACCUUGAGCGCCAUCUCGGUGAGGGUCUGGACCAUCUCGAAGGUGAGAAAGCCGAGAAUGUCGACAAUGUCGUCGGAGGGUUUACUGUCUGUCACGAUGCCGAAGCCUGCCCACUCGCGGAAUCGCUUGCCUUUGCGGUAGGUGAACGAUGCCUGGCGGUAUUCAGACCACGUAACGUACUCCUCCUUUGUCAUGGCCUUGGUGCGCUCAUCUGCUUUGCGCAGACGCUGCAGUGUGAUGUAGUUCAUCUCCUCCUCCUCUUCAUCCUCCUC